UGCCGCGUACGGUUCUUAGAAUCCGAUCGCGGAACAUUUCCUGGAAAUCGACGAAGCUCAUCUCCCCACGCCCCACUCUACAGCGGUUUGACGCAACCCGCUAUACAUCUUCGAAUAAACGUGCAGUAAGCUACGAACAAAUGACGACGACGAUGGGUGACGCCGUGAACAAUGUUGCCGGCGAGUGCCGGCGUACGCUGCGACUCCUGGAGAUGCUGCAACGCACGCACUACGAGCUCGUGCAGGUAGAACGAUGUUCUCUUCUUUUCUUCCCAACAUGCAUCCUCUUCUUCCUUCUGGUAACCGCGCCGGCACAAUUGUUUCUCGUGGCCGAUCUUACCACGUAAGAUGAAACGACGGUAUUCGACGGAGGUAUCUCUUUUUAUAUCGCGAGUUACGUUUGUUAUCCGCUUGAUAAUUGACGCAGUUAUGAUGAAAUUAGACGUGAGAUUUUGUGAGAACGCCGAGAGAGAGGAAAUUUCAUGCAGAACGUAUCGUGGAGAAAACGGUCAACGACGCCUGACGGCGCCGGAAGUUGCGCACGGUCGACGUCCACGCGGUAAAGGCGCGGAAGUGUUCCUGGGCCGGUUGCCGCGCGACUGCUACGAGGACGAACUGAUGCCGGUGCUGGAGAAGGUCGGCCGGCUGCUGGAGCUGCGGCUGAUGCUGGACUUCUCCGGGUCGACGCGUGGCUACGCGUUCGCCCUGUACGAGGAACCGCGGAUCGCGCGGAAGGCGUGCUCCGUUCUCGACGGCCACGAGAUCCGGCCGGGGCAUCGCAUCGGCGUGGUCAAGUCCAUGGACAACUGCCGGCUCUUCUUCGGCGGCGUGCCCAAGACAAAGUCCAAGGAGGAAUUCAUGUCGGAGCUGACCAAGAUACUGGACGGCAUCGUCGACGUCUACCUGUAUCCGAGCGCGCACGACCGCAGCCUCAACCGUGGCUUCAUCUUCGUCGAGUUCAAGGACCAUCGGGCGGCCGCGAUGGCCCGGCGCAAGCUGAUACCGGGCAAGGUGAUGCUGUGGGACCACGAGAUCGCCGUCGACUGGGCGGACCCGGAACCGGGCGACCCAGUCGACGAGGACAUCAUGGAAACGGUGACGGCCCUGUUCGUGAGGAAUCUCGCGCUUGAAAUGUCGCAGCAAAAAGUGAGGGAGAUCUUCCACAGGCAUACGAAUAUGCCGAUACUAAAGCUGAAGAAGAUCAAUCACUUCGCUUUUAUUCACUACGAGAAUCGCAAAGCCGCGCAGACCGUAAUGGACAUAAUGCAGAAGCCGAACAGCGUGGUCGAGAAAGAGGGCUGGGAGAUCCGCUGGGCGAAGCCUAUCGGAGCAUCUAAGAUUAUAGAGAGACAAAAGCACAUUCGCGAGGCUGUGGCCAUUUCAAAUACGCAAAACACUGUGAAGCAAACUCACGUCAAGAAACGUCGCACGAAGGCACACGUGAAAGUAAGCGAGAACGAAGGUGUUCAUUUGAUGCAGAUGGAGAUCUUGCAAAAUUUCAUUAGAGAGCGAUAUAACGCGAUAUGCGUGUUCAACUGCGUGCCGGUACAGAAUGAGACCAAAUAUGUGGGCAAAGUAAGAGAGUUUCCAGAUCACACUUCGUCCGUCUCGCCGUUCCUGUGUUAUUUGUCGUGUUUAACGCUUUUUUUGUCGUCUCGUCGCGUUAUUUUAGAUAACCACUUACAAAGAGGAGACGGUACUUUUCGAGUUUCGCGGGGAGCCGAUGACCUCGAAGCACAGAGCCAUCAGCUCGGCGUCAGUGGAAAUGUAUCACUGUUUAACGAGCAUGUUCGCAAAUUACGGUAUUUUCACAGCGGAGCAACCAACCGACCACUAUUACAUCCAACCAGAAAUGGACGUUAAUCCUAUGAUUGCUGUGCCGAUUACUUGGCAGCCAGGAAUAGCACAAAAUUAAAUUUACGACCAGAUUUGCGGCCGUUCGUAUUUACUUCCUUUUUUAAUCAGCCAUUGCUACCGCGCAUAGAAUCUAUCGAUGCGCUCGCACGAGAAAGAUUGAAUGAGUCUCCCCUCUAUUACCUACCAACGUCUGAUCUUUAACUCAAUUAAAUUAAUUAUCGAUCUGUUAUCGAUGAAAUCUUUCAGUUAAGAAACUGAAUGGAAUUUUAGAAACUGAAACUGAUUUUGAAUUUGAACUUUGAAACAAUAUACCUUCAAAGAAGUGCCUAAGAUGUAUUUAACUUCGAACUGAUAAAAAGACCGUAAAAUUUUAACGUUUGAUAAAAUUUCCAAUCUAUAUAAGAGAUAUCACACAAUACGUAAUUCGCAUCGACGAUUGUUUUAAAAAAUUUAUUAAUUCAAUUAAUUCUCUGUAUCUCCGAAAUACUAUAUCUAUUUAUAUACGAUGAUACUUAUAACUCACAAAAGUCUGAUACACUUGUUAGCGUUGCAAAAGAUUUUAUAAAACUGUUCAUUACCGUUAAUGUGCAAUCAAAGUUGUGUUUGUGUUACGAAUUACUAUUUUAUUUAAAUCAAUGCGCAUUUAGCGGAUACGCGUAUCAUAAGUGAUACGAGCUUUUAGGCGUUCUUCUAUAUACGAGUAGCAACAAGAUUAAAUUUCAAUGCUUGAUUCGAAUGAAAUAACGAAUGUGCGGAAUUUUCGUUUUAGCUGGGGCGCAUACAUAACCUGCUACUCUGAAAGUGAUCAGGUUGUGUCAUGUUCGUUUUAUAAAUCUUCGUAUAUAAUCGAUAGCGCGAAAGCGCUAUAUAUUAUUAAUAUAAUAAAUUUUUGUAAGAGUUUA